UGGCAGAGCAAAAUUCUAACUUCAUGCCAAGGUCUUGAUAGUGACUCUGUAUUGUCUUACUUCACUGGGAAUGACACAAGUGCUGGGGCCCUGGCAGGUGCUGAUAGGAAGUCAGCUCCCCCACCCUUUUGGACUCACCCUUUAUGGAGAGCGCAUCUAUUGGACUGACUGGCAGACCAAGAGUAUACAGAGUGCUGACCGGUUGACUGGGCUAGACCGGGAGACCCUGCAGGAGAACCUGGAGAAUCUCAUGGACAUCCAUGUUUUUCAUCGCCGACGGCCACCAGUGACCACACCAUGUGCUAUGCAGAAUGGUGGCUGCAGCCACUUGUGUCUUCGAUCCCCCAAACCAAGUGGCUUCAGCUGUACCUGCCCCACAGGCAUCAACCUGCUCCCUGAUGGCAAGACCUGUUCACCAGGGAUGAAUAGCUUCCUCAUCUUCGCCAGGAGGAUAGAUAUACGCAUGGUGUCCCUGGACAUUCCUUAUUUUGCUGAUGUGGUGGUACCCAUCAACAUGACCAUGAAGAACACGAUUGCCAUUGGAGUAGACCCUGAGGAAGGAAAAGUAUAUUGGUCUGACAGCACGCUGCAUAGGAUCAGCCGUUCCAAUCUGGAUGGCUCACAGCAUGAGGACAUCAUCACCACAGGGCUGCAGACCACAGAUGGGCUCGCAGUAGAUGCCAUUGGCCGGAAAGUGUACUGGACAGAUACAGGAACAAACCGGAUUGAAGUGGGCAACCUGGAUGGAUCCAUGCGCAAAGUGUUGGUCUGGCAGAACCUUGACAGUCCCCGGGCCAUUGUACUGUACCACGAGAUGGGGUUCAUGUACUGGACAGACUGGGGGGAGAAUGCCAAGUUAGAGCGGUCUGGUAUGGAUGGCUCAGACCGCACCGUGCUCAUCAACAACAACCUAGGGUGGCCCAAUGGACUGACUGUGGACAAGGCCAGCUCCCAACUACUGUGGGCUGAUGCCCACACUGAGCGAAUUGAAGUCGCUGACCUGAAUGGUGCCAAUCGGCGUACAUUGGUGUCACCAGUGCAGCACCCAUAUGGCCUCACUCUGCUUGACUCCUAUAUCUACUGGACUGACUGGCAGACCCGCAGCAUCCACCGUGCUGACAAGGGUACUGGCAGCAGUGUCAUCCUAGUGAGGUCUAACCUUCCAGGCCUCAUGGACAUCCAGGCUGUGGAUCGGGCACAGCCACUGGGUUUUAAUAAGUGCAGCUCAAGAAAUGGCGGCUGCUCCCACCUCUGCUUACCUCGGCCCUCUGGAUUUUCCUGUGCCUGCCCCACGGGAAUCCAGCUGAAGGGGGAUGGAAAGACCUGUGAUCCCUCUCCAGAGACCUAUCUGCUGUUCUCUAGCCGAGGCUCCAUUCGGCGUAUCUCCCUGGACACCAGUGAUCACACAGAUGUGCAUGUCCCUGUUCCUGAGCUCAACAAUGUCAUCUCCCUGGACUAUGAUAGUAUAGAUGGAAAGGUCUACUACACAGAUGUGUUCUUGGAUGUUAUCAGGCGAGCGGACCUGAAUGGCAGUCACAUGGAGACAGUGAUCGGGCGUGGGUUGAAGACCACAGAUGGACUAGCAGUGGACUGGGUGGCCAGGAAUUUGUACUGGACAGAUACAGGCCGAAAUACCAUUGAGGCCUCGCGGCUGGAUGGUUCCUGCCGCAAAGUGCUGAUCAACAACAGCCUGGAUGAACCCCGGGCCAUUGCUGUUUUCCCCAGGAAGGGGUACCUCUUCUGGACAGACUGGGGCCACAUUGCCAAGAUUGAACGGGCAAACCUGGAUGGUUCUGAGAGGAAGGUUCUCAUCAAUACAGACCUAGGAUGGCCCAAUGGCCUUACCUUGGACUAUGACACCCGCAGAAUCUACUGGGUAGAUGCACACCUGGACCGGAUUGAGAGUGCUGAUCUCAAUGGGAAGCUGCGGCAGGUGUUGGUCAGCCAUGUGUCCCACCCCUUUGCUCUCACACAGCAAGACAGGUGGAUCUAUUGGACAGACUGGCAGACCAAGUCCAUCCAGCGUGUUGACAAAUACUCAGGCCGCAACAAAGAGACAGUGUUGGCAAAUGUGGAAGGACUCAUGGAUAUCAUCGUGGUUUCCCCUCAGCGGCAGACAGGGACCAAUGCUUGUGGUGUGAACAAUGGUGGCUGCACUCACCUCUGCUUUGCCAGAGCCUUGGACUUUGUGUGUGCCUGCCCUGAUGAGCCUGAUAGCCGGCCCUGCUCCCUUGUACCUGGCCUAGUGCCCCCAGCUCCCAGGGCAACCAGCAUGAGUGAAAAGAGCCCAGUGUUACCCAAUACACUGCCCACCACCUUGCGUUCUUCUACCACGAGGACCCACACAUCUCUGGAGGAGUCAGAAGGAAGAUGCUCUGAAAGGGAUGCCCACUUGGGCCUCUGUGUACAUUCCAAUGAGGCUGUACCUGCUGCUCCAGGUAAGCACUGA